AUGUUUCCAAAACUUAGACUUACUAGUCGAAUAGAUUUUUUCAACGGGCUUUAUUUCAACUUUUUGUGCCUUACUGCAAUCGAUUUUGGACAACUUGUCCCUACAAGGGUUGCAUUUUUACCCAUUACAUUCCUAUAUGUGUGUCUAGGACUGGCAAUUACUACUAUAGCUAUAGAUGUGGGUUCUGAAUACAUGAAAAAACUUCACUAUUUGGGAAAAAAGAUGAAGAAUGCAGCCUCAACCAAGAUAUGGUUUGGAGGAAAGACGUUGAAAGUUCGAGAUUUAUUGCAUGCUGUUGGGAAGAAAUGUGGAGUUGAACCAGGAAUGAUCGACGCGUUAGAUCUGGAGAACGUUGUGGAGCGGACCAUUGCCAUCCAGGAAGGUCGUGAACCACCCGACGAUACUAAUGAGGAACCAGAACGGAGUCGUGAAUCGGUCACACAUCCUUCAAUGUCUCCAGAUAAGCAACCAAGCGAACAGAGUUCUUCUGAGGGAAGUCCAUUCCUUUCGCUCCGGUCACCUCCUAAUACUCACAACAAUCCUGACCUAGUCAUCAAAAAUCCUGUUUUUCAUACACUAUCUAACGAAAUGCCGAUGUAUUCACCUCCAAUCACUGAACAGGUGUUCUCUCCACCAGCAGAAGUUUGUCGGAUAGAAGUGCCUGAACAGGUCAGCGAUGAAGAAAUAGAAGAACCCCAUAUAAUAAUAACGGAACCUCCAGCUGCUCUUGAGGAUAUCAGGCAUGUGGAGCCCUCUCCUGUAAUACCAAUUAUUCUCGCAGAACCUGAAGGUACUUCCUCAAACAACUCUCAUACUCAUUCUCGAUCUGUCAGUCCCGAAGAACGAGUGCCGAAAAAGUUCAAAGAGAAAAAAGAAAUGUACGGACGCGAUCCAAGGAAGUUAUUUGAGACGUACCAAGAAGAAUGGGACCGAUUGGAAAGGUUAUCAGACAAGAGGCAUGGUCCUCGUCGGAAAUCUAUUCUCAAUCUUCAUGAUUAUACUGAGGGACGUUCUCCAACAUCUUCGCCCUCGAUCAAUACUAUCUUUCGAACGUGA